UAUUCAGUAGGAUAAGAAAGAAAAAUGGCAAGAAACCAGGAAAAAGCAUUGUCUAUGCUGUCUAGGUGGUACACUUAUCAGAGAGAAUUACAUAACCCCGGUGGACCGGAAAAAAGACCGUAUCUUGCAACAGAAUGUCACAGUCUCCAAGAAGCUGAGAAAUGGAGACAUCAGAUCAUUAAGGAGAUUGCCAGAAAGGUUUCCCAAAUUCAAAAUGCUGGUCUGGGAGAAUUCAGAAUCAGAGAUCUGAACGACGAAAUUAAUAAACUUAUCCGGGAAAAGGGACAUUGGCAGGAUAGGAUAGUGGAACUAGGCGGGCCCAACUAUCACAAAAUAGGACCUAAAAUGUUGGAUCACGAGGGGAAAGAGCUGCCAGGCAAUCGCGGUUACAAAUAUUUCGGAGCAGCAAAAGAUUUACCAGGAGUGCGGGAACUAUUCGAGGAGGCCCCUCCACAGCCUCCUCGUAAGAAUAGAGGUGAUCUUAUGAAGGAUAUAGAUGCGUACUAUUAUGGUUAUCUAGAUGAUGAGGAUGGAGUUUUGUUGAAAUUAGAGGUGGAGGUGGAGAAAAAAGCACGACAUCUGGCGAUAGAAGAAUGGAAGUUGAAGAAAGAGACAGGAGAAUUGGAUAAGGAACUGGAGGAAGAGGAGAAGAAGGAGCGGGAGGAGGAGGAGAAGAGGAGGAAGGAACUUCUGGAGAAGAGAAAGGAGGAUGAUACGGAAGAUGACACCUCAGACCAACACACUAUAGCACCACUAGAGGUUCCCUCACAAAAAGACGUAGAGAUUGAGCUUCUCCGGAAGAAGAAGAUGGAGUUGCUGUUAAAAUACGCUAGCGAGGACCUUCAGAAGACUAGUAUGGACGCUAAAACUCUGAUGGGGAGAAAUCUUAUCUUUUGAGGGU